AUGGCUGAAUUUAAUCGAUUUCAAUAUGUGCAGCCGUGUCGACGAGAAUCGUGCAAACCAAACGUACAAUCGAACGUGAGUAAUAUACCAUUUACUGACGACUCCGUAUACAAUCAUUCGUACUACCAUCACGAUGUGUGUGAAAAUCGACCGAAGCCUAUCGUACACAAAGAUCACUUAGUCAUGGCCGGAAAAUUUCAAAACCAAACGUCUCAAAGGAUGAGUUACCCAGUACAAUGUGUAUCAGUAGUGCAAAAAAUCGUGCCCAAAGACAAUUGUCCGGAGAACCAAGGACCGAUGCGGAUGAUGACUACCCAGCAACACGAUUAUUACGGACCAUGCGACUACGAAGGCCUCGGACGUGGCAAAAAAAUUAUGCAGUCUGACAGCCUUGUGAUAAAUUCUGACUGUCCGAUGGCGGGGCUCACCACGAGCUCUUGUUCUUACCAGCCCGUUUGUGUGAAACGAGAGAACAAUUUUAAACCGAACCAAUGUUAUACCGCUCCAGUGGAAAAAAUGGACUUAAACACAACUAACAGAUCUAGCUACAAGAAAAUAGAAAAACAGGAAAAAAUUCGAACACCAUGGGCCACAAAACUAAGCUAUUGCAAACCAAAUAACGCUAUGAACUACUGUACAAUGUAUAACUACAGUUACAAGGAACCCGGUGCGUACAUGUACAAGGAUAAUUGUGGUGAUACAGUUAAUCCCAUGAUGGACAGUAAUUUAACCAAAAACUGUUGUCCGUUAACCUGUCUGGCUGAUAAUGUAGAUAACGAACUUAAAUCAAAAUUUACAAAAGCACAUCACUUUGAUGAUUAAUUUUUGAAGCCACUGCAGUCAGUUUACUAUACAGAAAUAUACAAAUUGUUGAUGGUGUGAUGGACGGUAUCGCGGUGGCGUAUAGAUCGCAAGUUGACUAAUUCAUUCCUUCAUUAACACUUGUCAAUGGAAAACAUUUUUUAAAAAUACAGAUAGCAAACAUUACAUAUUAUAUUUUAUGAUCUUUACAAUUUAAAGAAAUUAACACGUGGUUAAUAUCUUUUUUUACAAAACAAUAUUAUUAGAUAUAGGUAUUUAUAAUAUUCUACAAAAACUAAUGAUAUCCUUAUGUAAUAUCAUCCGAUGUAUGAUUUAGUUACGCCCUCAAACACAUAUUUUGAUUUUUGAUUAACAUUAAUAUCGAUCAUAUUAUUGUAUAUAUAACGCGGACAUAAUUAGAUCGAGGAAUAUAGUAUAGACCAACUGUUCCCAACCCAUGGGCCGCGCGCGAGCAGUGUGUAACAAAAUUCAGUACCUAAUAUACAUGUUAUUAUUAUUA